AUGGAAGACCCUCAACUUGCGCCUGUCACUGUACUCAAACGACCUUCACCUACCACUCAGGAGAAGGACCGCGAAGCUCAGAAGUCUGGCAAACUGACAUCUUUAAAUUCUGAACAGGUCGAUCACGACGCCAUCUACAAUCGUUUCCUCAACGCCAAGGUUGAACUUACUCAACAGGAACUCUGCGCUAUCUCUCCAGAGAUUUCUAGGCGAGUUGUCAUGGAUAACAAGCCUACCAGGUCUCAACUCAAGGAAAACAAGGAGCAAGAACCUACCGGACCUACCGUUGCAAGAAUUGUUGGCGACAAUGCACCAGCACCGAAGCUUCCAUCGUGCAUCACAGAAGUUCGCCAGAGUCUCAUCAAGAUCAAUGCUGAAAUUAAUGGCAACACUAUACCUGCGGUCAUUGACACCGGCUCUAUGAUCAACAUCGUGCACAAGACCAUCUGGGAACAAUACAUCAAACGACCUCUCGACAGAUCUGUUACCUUCCCGUACCUAUCGACUGCGGAAGAGCAAGAACAAUCGCCCAAUUAUGGGUAUCGGAUUCUAUUGACUUCCCUCUUUUGCUAG